AUGGUGAAGAAGGGCAAAGCGAAGGCUGAGCUGCCGACACAGGCUUUAGAGUCUGCUGGAAAUAGUGGGACAAAGACCAAAAAGGGCCAAAAAUCCGAGUCCUCGACGCCAAGUGUUCCGCCAGCAGGCCCGCCCAAGCCAACCGUCAAACAAAUAAUUGGAGGCUCGUCAUGGACGGGUAAGCUCCCAGUCAACCUUCUAAGUGAACACUGCCAGAAACAACGUUGGGAAAAGCCAGAAUACGACACCCGAAAGACACCUGAAGGAUUCUCAGUAUGGGUCACUUUGAGCGCAAAGGAUCCCAAGACUCAGCAAAUGACCAAGUUGGACCCAUUCAAGAUACCUCUCAGUCACAAACAUUUGAUCCUGAGGGAAACAGCCCUGGAGGCCAAGCAUGCUGCUGCUACGUAUGCUUUGUUCAGAGUUUGCAGCAUGCAAAACAAGCACACCGUGCUGCCGCCAGACCACAAGUCGUUGUGGAAAGAGUUUCAGGCAUUGAAAGUGCAAGAUGUGAAGGAUGGGAAGGCAUGGAUGUAUGAAGCGGAUCCAUUCAAAGCGCUUCAAGAAAGACAGGAGGCCAAGGCUGCUGCGGACAAGAAACGAAGGGAGCUCGAGCAAGCCAAGGCCAAGGCCAAGGAGAUGCCCGGUGCAUCAGGCUUGGUGUUGUUGAGCAACUCUGGAAACGAUAAGGGGACUUCAUUCAACCCGAUGAAGGGAUGGACCACGGCACCAAAGGUUGAGAUGGGCAGACAGACAAGAGUGCAGCUUGAAGCACUUCUUCGAAACGGAAUCUCCUGGAAUCCGCGCCGUGUACGUAUGCAACAAGAUCAGAAGAACUCCCUGGUGACGGAACUUGGCAAAUUAGGAUUCAGACGAAGCCACAUCAUCGAGGCGGUGGAAUACUGCAAAGACCGGGAAGAAACCCUUGAAUGGUUGUUGAUUCAUGUACCUGAAGAUGACUUGCCACGCUGGGCUAUUCCCGAAAGCUAUUCCGCUGGUGUUUCUAUUGGAUCCACAAAUCUAAAGCGAGAGGGAAUUAUUAAAUCUUUAUCAGAAACAGGAUACUCUGUUGAGCUGUGUAGUCGCAUUCUCGAUGGAAACGAUGGAGAUGAAAGUAAAGCAGCCGAGGCCUUGCAGCAAAUUUUGCUUUCAUCCAACUCUGCAAGCGACGCAGGAAAAGGUGAGCCUGAUGACUUUCUGGACAUGGGUUCACCAGAAGAGCAAUGGGAAGAGGAAAUCGCCAGCCUAGAAGCCAUGUAUGGUGACGCUUUCCGCCGCGAAUCCAGCGACUUGAUCCAGUUGAAGCUGGAAUCAGUAAAGAACGCUCAGAAUGGUCAAGAAGGCGAGGUUGAAACGUUCCUGCAAGUUCGAAGACCGUCUAGCUACCCGAAACAUCUGAUAAUAGCAAUCAUCGCAAAGCUGCCGUCUUACAUUAAGCUCAGCAUAGUCAGACGGGCCCUGGCAUACAUGGAAAAUUCCCUGCGGGAUGAACCAAUGAAGAUUUAUCUCGUUAUGGACUGGAUUCAACAGAAUAUCAACGGAAUCAUUGACAGCCCUGGCAAUUUAGUUGACAUUUCAGCUGUUUCCUCCGCAGCCUCAGAAAACCGUCCAAUUGCACAAGGGGGACGGGUAAAGAGAACUCGGAAUGUCCGACCCAUCAAUUGGAUACCCGAUUUUAGAACCAAGGAGGAGUGGCUUCAGCGACAAGAAAGCUCGGCAUGGAAAGAUAUGUUAUCGAAACGACAGAGACUCCCAGCUUGGCAGAUGCGAGAAAAAAUCGUCAAGACAGUCAAGGACAACCAUGUGACCAUCAUAAGUGGUGAAACCGGUUCGGGCAAGUCUACCCAAUCUGUUCAGUUUAUUCUGGAUGAUUUGUAUGGCAAAGGCGUGGGAGGCUGUGCGAACAUGAUUGUUACGCAGCCGCGACGAAUUUCGGCACUUGGGUUGGCUGAUCGCGUCGCAGAAGAACGAUGCUCAAAGGUUGGGGGGGAGGUUGGCUAUAUCAUUCGCGGGGAGUCUCGACAAUCAAAAGACACGAGGAUCACGUUUGUCACAGCGGGCGUGCUGCUGCGACGGUUGCAAACAUCGGGCGGGCGAGUGGAAGACGUGGUUGCUUCGUUGGCCGAUGUCAGCCAUGUGGUAAUCGAUGAGGUGCAUGAACGCAGUCUUGACACCGACUUUUUGCUGAACUUGAUACGCGACGUGAUGAGAACCAAGAAGGAUAUGUUGAAGCUUAUUCUUAUGUCUGCUACGCUUGAUGCUUCCACGUUUAUGGACUACUUUGCUACAGAAGGACUGAGUGUGGGCUGCGUCGAAAUUGCGGGCAGAACAUUCCCGGUGGACGAGUACUAUUUAGAUGAUGUUAUCCGGAUGACGGGAUUCAGUGUUGAGAAGCCAGACGCUGGCUUUAUCACAGAUGAGUCUAUGGGAAAAAUUAUUCAAAAGCUUGGCCACCGGAUCAACUACACCUUGUUGGUGGACGCCGUCAAGGCCAUCGAUUACGAGCUUUCGUACGAGAAGAAGCCGGAUGGUAUACUCAUAUUUCUUCCUGGUGUGGGCGAGAUUAACCACGCCUGCAAUCUUUUGCGAUCUAUCAACUCGCUGCAUGUCUUGCCGCUGCAUGCGUCACUGGAGACUCGAGAGCAGAAAAGAGUAUUUUCCAAGCCUCCUCCAGGAAAGCGCAAGGUUGUAGUAGCUACUAAUGUAGCGGAGACAUCCAUUACCAUUGAUGAUAUCGUUGCUGUUAUUGACAGUGGCAAAGUUAAAGAAACUAGCUUUGACGCCCAAAACAAUAUGAGGAAGCUCGAAGAGACUUGGGCGUCGCGGGCGGCCUGUAAGCAACGGCGUGGACGUGCGGGCCGUGUUCAAGAAGGCAGAUGUUACAAGCUAUACACCGAAAACUUGGAACGACAGAUGGCGGAGCGGCCUGAACCCGAAAUCAGGCGAGUGCCUCUUGAGCAGCUCUGUCUUUCUGUGCGAGCCAUGGGCAUGCGCGAUGUGGCUAGAUUUUUGGGGCGAUCACCAACUCCGCCAGAUGCCAAAGCCAUCGAAGAGGCCAUCAAGCUACUAAGGCGAAUGGGUGCGUUGGAUGGCGAUGAGCUGACUGCCAUGGGUCAACAGCUUGCCAUGCUGCCGGCUGAUUUACGAUGCGGCAAGCUCAUGGUAUUUGGGGCCAUUUUCGGCUGCUUGGACGACUGUGUCACCAUUGCGGCGAUUCUCAGUACUAGAAGCCCGUUUCUUGCUCCACAAGAGAAGCGAGAAGAGUCACGACAGGCGAGAAUGCGGUUUUUCAGCGGAAAUGGCGAUCUAAUUACUGAUAUGGAGGCGUUCCGAGAAUGGGACAGCUUGAUGAGAGAUCGUCUGCCCCAAAGGCAGGUGAGAUCAUUCUGUGACGAAAAUUUCCUGUCCUAUCAAACCCUCUCCGAUAUUUCCAACACCAAAUCGCAAUAUUACGAAGCUUUGAAUGAGAUUGGACUUGCACCUCGUUUCAGGAGCGACGGAGCGACUUCCAACUCAGUUCGUAAUGUUCAGCUGAUACGGGCAUUAAUCGCUUCUGCAUUCACACCCCAGAUCGCCAGGAUUCAGUAUCCGGACAAAAAGUACGCAAGUUCCAUGUCCGGCGCGAUGGAGCUUGACCCCGAAGCACGAUCAAUCAAGUACUUCAAUCAAGAAAACGGACGGGUAUUUGUUCACCCAAGCAGCACGGUAUUUGAUAGCCAAGGAUUCUCAGGAAAUGCAGCGUACAUGGCAUACUUUAGCAUCAUUUCUACCAGUAAGAUCUUUAUCCGGGAUCUAACACCAUUCAAUGUGUUUACGCUGUUAUUAUUCUCUGGGCCAAUCGAGUUGGAUACCUUGGGUCGCGGACUGCUCGUGGAUGGAUGGCUAAGACUUCGCGGAUGGGCUCGCAUCGGCGUCUUGGUAGCUAGACUGAGGGAAAUGGUAGAUGAUUUGAUUGCGCAAAAGGUUGAGGACCCGGGUCUGAAUUUGGACAACAACAAGGUUAUUAAACUGGUGAUUAAACUGAUAGAGCUGAAUGGGCUGGAUGCAUGA